AUGUUCUGCAACAGCGUCAACAUCUACAAUGGGUACAGGCAAGAAGGAAUCGACCCGAAGGACCCGCCAGGCACAGCUAAGCAGGCGAGACAACUGAAGAUCGAGAAGAGCGGCAAGGCGCAGCGCAACGCCGAUGGACAAAUUACGCAGGCCGCUGCGUACCAAAGCCGAAGCAUCCCCGACGCUCGCAUCGAACCGAAUCGCAAAUGGUUUUCCAACUCGCGCGUCAUCUCCCAAGACAGCCUAGCCGCGUUCCGACAGGCCAUGUCAGAGAAGAAGGCGGAUCCAUAUCGCAUCCUACUUCGUACCAAUAAGCUUCCGUUGUCUCUUGUGGAGAAAGAGAAGGAAAAUGGCGUUGAGAAACAUCAUGCGAAGAUGGCUAUUGAGGCGUCACCCUUCGAUACUACCUUCGGACCCAAGUCGCAGCGAAAACGGGUCAAGCUCGAGGCAGGGAGUUUCGAAGACCUGGCGAGAGAUGUGCAGCAGCAUUUCGACUCGUCGAUCGAUCCUUUUGACCUGGAUCCGAACGUGGGGGCAGACGAUGGCCUUCUGUCGUCAGCUGUGGAACCGAUAUUCAAAAAGGGCCAGAGCAAGCGCAUCUGGAACGAGCUGUACCGCGUGCUGGACUCGUCCGAUGUUUUGAUCCAGGUCCUCGACGCUCGAGAUCCUCAAGGAACACGGUGCGAAAGUGUCGAAAAGUACCUCCGGACGGAGGCCCCGCACAAGCAUCUUAUCUUCGUGGUGAACAAGGUCGACCUUGCAUCUUGGGUUAGAAUGCUGUCGAAGGAACGACCAACGCUUGCACUGCAUGCCAGUAUGCAACACCCUUUUGGCAAAGGCAGCUUAAUCAACAUGCUGAGACAGUUUGCGGUCCUUCACAAGGACCGUAAACAGAUAUCAGUCGGCAUCAUUGGCUAUCCCAAUGUGGGCAAGAGUAGCAUUGUCAAUAUGUUGCGAGGCAAAAAAGUUGCUGUUGUAGCCCCCAUCCCCGGCGCCACCAAAGUCUGGCAAUACGUCACACUGUGGAAGGAUACUUAUCUCAUCGAUUGUCCAGGCAUCGUACCCGCUGCGAAACAAGACACGCCGGAAGAGCUCUUGCUCCGUGGUGUGGUUCGCGUUGAAAAUGUGCAGUAUCCAGAGCAGUACAUUCCAACCCUUCUAUCACGCGUCAAGCAGCAUCACUUGGAACGAACAUACAACCUCCAAGGAGGAUGGACGGAUCACAUCCACUUGCUUGAGCUGCUCGCACGCAGAGGCGGGCGGCUGCUCCCUGGCGGCGAGCCGGACGUGGGUGCCGUGGCUAGGAUGGUCAUCAAUGACUUUCUACGGGGCAAAAUUCCAUGGUACAUGCCGCCCCCACCCACGAGUAAAGGGGGCGAAGGGGACGCAGGAAACACUGGAAGCUAUUCUGAACGAGCAGCAGAGGAGUGCAAACAAGACGAUGAUAGUGCGACAGACACAGAAGGUGCGGAAGAGAUAUUCGAAGGCUUCAGCCCAUCAGCUUAA